AUGGCCGACCCCAAGCCGCGGAACCUUGGCGGCUCGCUGCCCGUGCCCAACGUGCAGGACCUCGCCGGCCGCCCCGACGAGCUCACGCUCACGCCCACCCUCCUCCGUCGCUACGUGCGGCCUCAGCCCAACACGGCCGACCUGCGCCCCGACGCCCCUGCCGGCGAAGAACAGGAGCACGUCCCCAUCAUCGACCUCGGCCGGCUCCUCGGUCCGGACGACCUCGCCGGCGGGCGGGACGAGGAGGCCGCCAGGCUGCGCUCGGCCUGCGAGGACUGGGGGUUCUUCCAGGUGGUGAAUCACGGGAUACCCGAGGAGACCCUGGAGGAGAUGAAGAGGAACGUCAUGGGAUUCUUCGCGCUCCCGCUGGCGGAGAAGGCGGCCUUUGCGCAGCGGCCCGGAGAGAUCGAGGGGUACGGCCAGGCGUUCGUCGUCUCGGAGGAGCAGACGCUCGACUGGGCGGACAUGUUCUUCCUCCUCACGCAGCCGCCCAGCUACCGCGAUCUCCGCCUCUGGCCGUCCAACCCUUCCACAUUCAAGAAUUGCUUGGAGAACUACUCUGCAGAGGUGCAAAGGGUUGCAGGCGAGCUGCUGGGAGCCAUGGCGGAGAACCUGGGCGUGAGAGACCACUCGGACAUGACGAGGCUCGCGGCGUCGCAGUCAGUGAGGAUGAACUACUACCCGCCUUGCCCGGAGGCGCAUGUGGACAGCGUGCUGGGCCUGUCGCCGCACUCGGACGCCGUCGGGCUGACGCUGCUGCUGCAGGUCAGCAAGGUCCCCGGGCUGCAGAUCAGGCGGAAAGGCGGCUGGGUCCCGGUCACACCGCUCCCCGGCGCCCUCGUCGUCAACGUCGGCGACGUGAUUGAGGUGUUCACCAACGGGAAGUACAGGAGCGUGGAGCACAGGGCGGUGGUUAACGCACGCCACGAGCGGAUGUCCAUCGCGACGUUCCACAGCGGGAAGUUCGGCACCAUGUACGGGCCGCUGGAGGAGGCCGUCGGAGACAAGGAGCCGCGGUACAGGAGUAUCAGCGUCGAGGAGUAUGUGAAGCUCGUGGUCUCCAGCAAGCUCGACGGCAAGAACAUCAUGGACGCCAUGAAGAUCGAUUGA